AUGGUAACAAUUGUUGAGGCCAUCGACUUCUCCACGCUGCAGGAGAAGUGUCGGGUGGACCUGCUGGACUCUGUCGUGCAGUUGACCCGCCACGGCAAAACACUGCCAAAGAAGGGGGUAACAGUGGAGGCGCCGAACCUGCCGUCGUGUACGUUUGCUGCAACCGUCUCGCACUCUGUGAAGAAACAGCAGAGCCAAGACGAGUCGACGGUGCAGAGGUACAUUUCUGAGGAAGAGGCAACACGAGAGCGGGAGCUGCAGGCUGUUUCCACCACUUACUUUAAAAAAUAUCAUCCGAAGUUUGAAGGGGCACUACCGCGCUCAGAACCUUUUCGCGAUGCACGCGAUCGCAAUGAGUUGGUAGGGAGGGAAAAGGAUUUUGUGCAUCGCUAUGCAGAGGCCGCGACGAAAUCAUCUAUUGAGCGGGAAGUUGGAGACGAUGUGCCGACACAAUGCGCAAUAGAGGCAUACACUAAGGCGUUUCGCGCGUACAAGGGACGGAACCCUACCAAAAAGGAGCUGGAUGAGGUCGAAAGGCUGUGGUUCGCCGUUAAAGGAGACGGUACGGUGGGCGUCAUUCAAAAAAAACAUUUUUACGGUCCACACUGUCAUGUAUCUAUUUGCAAUCGUCGCCCGGCACACUGUCCGAACCAGGUUUACAAGGCAGAGCUGCCACCUGUGCGCGGGGCGCGGAGCCGCUUUCCUGGACCCAUUCCUGUAUGGUCCUCAACACAAAACACGUACACGUUGGUGGCCGGUGACACACAUGUCCCGGGUUUACACAACGUCAGCAAGUUUGGACCAGCAACAUGUUAG